UAUUGAUUGACACUGUCUACCCAUUCACGUUCCCGAUUGUAGGUAUCUGGGCCGACACUUUGCUUAAGUUACAAACUAGCCCCAAGUGCUUUCUCUCAUAAUGUGCAAAUAGAUGGCAUCCAACCUCCUUUGUUUUCCCCCCAGAAGAGUGAAUCGCGGUUAGGUAACUUGUUUACCCUCCAAGAAAUCAAGUAUCAUAUGUGCCCGAAAGGCUGUCGACUUUUUCCACUAGGCUCAAGGGAUCCUUGUUCAUGCGAAGCCACACAAUUUAAAAGUAAUGGAUCCCCUAUCAAGACUAUGUCGUAUUUCCCGUUCGCGAAGCAACUAUCAGCAUUUGUUGCAGAUGAUCGUACCCGCGCACUUCUGUCAGAAACUCCACAAGAAACUGAGGAAGGCGUGUCAACUGACAUCUUUGACGGAUCAGUGUACUAAGAUCGCAAACAAGAGCUAUUCCCAAAUGCAAAUGACAUUGCUAUUUCAAUGUUCAUAGAUGGGGUUUCCGCAUUCAAAGGCAGUAAUAACUCGAAAAUGACAAUAUUACAUAUUGUCAUCAUGAGCUUACCGCUUAACUAUAGGUACAAAACAAAAAAUAUGCUGCAAGUUGCAAUCAUCCCGGCCGAUCACACUGGAAACUUGUACAGUUUUCUCAGGCCUUUGUUAAACGAGCUUCGAAUCCUUCAAGACGCUGGAAUGAGGGUUACUUGUCCAAGUGGCGUGUUCGAGCUCAACGUACAUCUGAUGUUAACCAGUGGUGAUAUCAUUGGGGUCGAAGAGAUUUGUCAUCAUGCGGGACACAGUGCUUUGUAUGGCUGCCGUCAAUGCCGGAUAACAAC